CGGGGGACUGGGAUGAAAUUGCAGGUCUAUGAGGAGAUAUCGUCGGCCAUCAGAGCUGAGCAUUCUGUUGAAUGGCUUGGAAAAGUUGCUGCUAGAUAUCCCAAAACAAUUUUGGCUACUCUGAACAGCAUCGGAUCGCAAAUCAGACGAAGAGAUACUUUGCGAAGUCUACACACACAUAGAAGACCAAAUGUGAUGAUGGACUACUACAAGAGAUAUUUGGCAAGUAAGCAGGACAAGGAGUCAAAAGUUUUGUUGAGCAUGGCAGAAGAGGUGUCACUGGCUCCUACACUUUUAGCUCGGAUUAUAUUAGAAAAACAUGCUAAUGAAUCCCGAGAUUCUUCCAUAAAACCUCAGAUUAAUUCAUGGAUCAAGAACCCUGCAUCUAUUCCUGACACACAUCUUGCAGAAGAAGUACAACACUGCACACAAAAUGAUCCAGAUUUUGGUCCUGAUGCUGUUGAAGAGAGACGACAGAUUGGAAAUAAAUAUGAAGCUAUAUUGAAAGAGAAGCUAGAUGCUCAUGAGUUAUGCUAUCUUGGUGAAGAUGCAAUGCGCAAGCUGGGAUAUGACAAGACUCCUGAUGCGAAGAUGGAGGUGCCCUUUGCUGUCUGCGGUCACAUCAUCAACUGGGUGGAGAGCAAAGCUUUAUUUGGUGACCCAGAAAGCCACAAGCAGUAUCUAAACGAUCAAUACUGGGCAUACUUGAACAGGUUUGGUUCUGGUUUGGUCAUCUAUUGGUUUGGUUUUAUUGACGAGCUUGAUGUUCAUCAAGACAAAGGGAUCAUGUUACGAGACACAUUCCCCAGUUCAUCUGAAAUACUGACAAUGCCAGUAUAACUUAUGGCAACAACAUCCACGCCACUGAUCCAAGUCAUGUGAGAGGUGAUUUUAAGGUUUUGAGCAACUGUUUAAGUUAAUUAAUGUCACAUUAUGUGAAGUCGGCAUGUCUUAUUUACAAUUUUGUUUUUCAUUUAUUUUAUGAACAUCUGAUUUUUUAGCGCUGCUGCACAGUAUGGGGUUGUUUAGGGAACAUAGUUUAUAUUACACCCGGAAAAACUAAAUUUUAACACUCAGCCUGCAGCCAAAUAACUGCAGACCAGACAACAUGUACAGUAAGUAAAUUAUCAAAAGUAUUGUUUGCUAGUAGUCAAUUUUAAUCUUCAGUCUUCCA